GGAGGAGGUCUCUAAAUUUUGUAUAUGACUGAACAGAAAAUAACAUUAUAAACACUUUUAGUCUGGAUCAGAUUUGUAGUUAAUCAAAGCAACAAGCUUGUGUGGAAGACUGUGAAGAUGCUCAUCCUGAUCGCCAUUUUUUCCCUUGCUCUUUGCUGCCAGGCUUCAGAAGACUGGUGCUAUGAAGACCUUCAAUGCGAACCUGCAACCUGGAGCGCACAUUAUCCAAUAUGUGGACAGAACUCCCAGUCACCUAUUAAUAUCAUAACAUCCGAGACCAUAAACUAUUCUACUCUGGGCCCUCUACAAGUUGAUGGUAUAUCAGGAUCUUCCUUAGCUGUUCUCACUAAUAACGGGCACACAGUUGAAGCAUCAUUGAGUUCGGAGCAUUAUCUGUCGAGGGUAGGACUUGAAAACCCCUACAAACUUGCUACGUUUCACAUUCACUUUGGAGAUGAGAAUUCUGCUAAUCUAGGUUCAGAACAUCUGAUCAAUGGCCAAGGUUUCCCAUUGGAGAUGCAUUUCGUGUUUUAUAAUACAAAGUAUGGAGAUAUGACAACAGCCAAAGAAAACCCAGAUGGCCUGUCGGUAGUUAGUGUACUUUUUGAGCUUGGAUCAAAAAAUGAAGCUCUCACCCCUUUAAUUGAUGCUCUCCCUGACGUGGCCUACAAAGGGCAGUCGACAUCAAUAGACUUUAACCUCCAUAAAAUUCUGCCUUACCAAUCACAUGGGUAUUACACAUACCAAGGAUCUCUCACAACUCCACCUUGCUCUGAAAUUGUGACUUGGCAUAUCAUAGCACAAGUUCAACAGCUCAACUAUGUACAGUAUGCCGCAAUCACCAGUUCACUUUACUCUACUACGGUUGAUGAAAUACUAGCUGAGAAAUUGGAGGACAACUUUAGACCAGUGCAGCCAUAUAAUGGAAGAACUGUGUACAGAUAUUAGCGAGGAGCUGGACUGGAUUCAUGUACAAGAAGCUUUAUUAUUAUGGAUUCCUUUUUACAUAAAUAAAUCUCACUUACUACAUGAA